GUUUCACAACAACGCUGUGUGUCGGCCGAGCUGCAUCCCUCUCUCUUGCAUCUAAUCGUUGCCUAGCUUCCAUGCCAACCUCCAUCCCCUCGUCGUCGUCUUUCUUGUCUCACUCUCACUUCUUCCAUAGCCCCACGUCACUCUGCCCCUAAGCUCACUGGCCCGUCGCCUCCUUCUCACCCCCCCUCCGCCCGUUCUUCCAUCCCAACCUCCUCUCCCUGCCUCCGUUGCACGAUCUCUCCAUGGCCGUCCACUCUGGCUGCACUGCCCACUGACUUUCCUCUCCUGCCUUCUUCUGUCGUCAGGUAGCUGUCUCUCUUGCUAGCCUUGUGCUAUCGUAGUUGUCAUUUUCGCGCCCAGUGUGAUAGGUUUUUCUCAAAGACUUUCACUAUUUCUUCGGCUGCGAGGACUUUCGAACCAGGCUAUCUGAUAAUUCCAGGCGGAGCACGCCAUGGAUCGGUACCAACGGGUGGAGAAGCCGCGGCCCGAAAUACCUAUCAGUGAAAAUGAAAUCCGUAUUACUACGCAAGGAAAAAUGCGGAACUACAUUACCUAUGCAACCACUCUAUUGCAGGAUAAGGGAGCAUCAGCGAUUGUUCUGAAGGCCAUGGGCCGAGCUAUCAAUAAGGCAGUUACUAUUGCAGAAAUCAUCAAGAGGAGGAUUGCUGGUCUUCACCAAAAUACGUCUAUUGGAUCUACUGACAUUACGGACCUUUGGGAACCACUUGAAGAAGGACUUCUACCAUUGGAAACCACUCGACACGUGUCUAUGAUUACGAUUACACUGUCUACCAAGGAGUUGGAGAAUUCUACCGGCUAUCAGCCUCCCCUCCUCGCAGACCAGGUCAAACCGCUAGCAGAAUUUGAGUAUGAAGGAGAUGGCUCACCACGGGGAGGCAGAGGUCGUGGUAGAGGCAGAGGAAGAGGACGGGGUAGGGGCCGAGGAGCCAAUGAAACGGCAAAUUCUGAGUACAAUGGAGGACUUGAUGGUGGUUGGGUCCGCGGCCGUGGUCGGGGACGUGGUCGUGGUCGUGGCGAGUACCGUGGUCGAGGCAGAGAGCAAGAUGCUGGUGGCUUUGACGAGCCUAAUGCUGAUGGGCCCCUACGAGAUCAGGGAAAUGGCUUUUCUCAGGAUAUGUCAUACUCAGAUCGCGGCAGAGGAAGGGGCAGAGGUCGAGGUCAGGGUAGAGGUCAGGGGAGAGGGUUUCGCACUGACGGGCCUAGUCAAGACCAAUCUCAGGCAGGAGCUGCGCAGUAGCCCUUUGCUAGAGUAGAAGAAAAUUCAGUGAAAAUGGCCUCUCAAGCUUCUGUAUGGUGCUACCUGGGGGUUGCAUCUAUGUAUGUUACGCAGCUCUUGUUUUGCUGUAUAUCAACCGGUUUCCAUUCGUGUUUGAGGUACAUUGGUUUCAAUUAAUUAGUGAUUCAUUUCUUUCCUGUGUCAAACUUCUUUUGAUGUUUCCUUUCUAGUAUGUACUGACAAUAUCUGCUCAUGUUAAAUUUUCCCUAGACAGAGAUCUGAAAUACUCAACCUCAUGAACUUGUUUCUAAAUCCUGUUGAUCUUGGACUCAAGUCCGCUUUACUUUGAAAGUUGAAUUCCAGACUCUACUUGAACUUA